AUGACAAGUUUCUCGAGUUUUUUGCCUAUUUUGCUUAUUUUUUUAUUGCCCCUCCACCGUGUCGUUGUUUGUUCAGCUUUACUAACGUUUUAAAAUUUUACAGUGUCAAGAUUAAACGAAUAUCAAGUGAUUGGUCGUCGUUUGCCCACUGAGGCCGCUCCAGAACCAAAGUUGUUCCGCAUGAGAAUCUUUGCCCCCAACACCGUUGUUGCCAAGUCCAGGUACUGGUACUUUUUGCAAAAAUUACACAAGGUCAAGAAGGCCUCGGGUGAAAUUGUUUCCGUGAACAUCAUCAGCGAAGCCAAGCCAACCAAGGUCAAGACUUUUGGUGUCUGGAUCAGAUACGACUCCAGAUCAGGUAUCCACAACAUGUACAAGGAAUACAGAGACGUUACCAGAGUCGGUGCCGUUGAGACCAUGUACCAGGAUUUGGCUGCUAGACACAGAGCUAGAUUUAGAAGUAUCCACAUCUUGAAGGUUGUUGAGUUGGAGAAGGCCGACGAUGUCAAGAGACAGUACGUUAAGCAAUUCUUGACCAAGGAUUUGAAAUUCCCAUUGCCACACAGAGUCCAGAAACAAAAGAAGUUGUUCCAAGCUCACGCUCCAACUACCUUCUACUAG